AUGGAGACCUCUACAAUGCCCAAGAACUUGUUAUAUUUGCCUCUAGGAAAAUGUCAAUCAAGCUUCAAUUUGGAGAAGGCAGUUUGCAACCAUGGCUUCUUUAUGAUGGCUCCAAACAGGUGGAUUUCAUCAACCAAAUCCCUUCAACGUCCCUUAAGACUUGCUGAUCAAAGCACUAGUGUCCUUGUCACCAUCUCUCAUUCUCCAAAAGAUGCUGCCAAUCUUCAUAUUUAUAUUCAUGACGAUGAAGCUCUCUCGGUAGAAAAUCAGCGUGCAAUAUUGGGACAAGUGGCACGAAUGCUAAGGAUAAGUGAGAAAGAUGAAAAGGCAGUGAAUGAGUUUCAAGAAAUUCAUGCACAAGCUAAGAAAGAGGGAUUUGGUAGAAUUUUUCGAUCUCCUACUCCUUUUGAGGAUGCCAUCAAGUCUAUACUCCUUUGCAACUGCACGUGGAGUAGGACUCUUGAUAUGGCUAAGUCUCUAUGUAAGCUUCAAUUAGAACUAAGCAAGGGGCCUCAAUCAAAUAGGAAAGAGCAACGAAAAACCAAAAGAAAAAGAGAACAAAAGAACCAAAUUGGCACAAAAGUUUGUGACAAAUAUAGCAAGGAUCGGGAAAUAGGAAACUUUCCUAACUCAAAGGAACUUGCCAAAUUCAACAUAAGUGAUCUGCAAAAGCGAUGUAGUGUUGGGUUUCGAGCACGUUAUAUAGUUAAAUUGGCUCAAAGCGUAGAGAAAGGAACUCUUGCGCUGGAGAAACUUGAAGAUGAAUGUGAUUUGAGCUCAUAUGAAAGUGUGUAUCGUAAAUUGACUGAGUUAAAAGGGUUAGGUCCCUUUACAAUUGCUACUACCCUUAUGUGUUGGGGAUGCUACCAGAAAGUUCCUGCUGAUUCAGAAACGAUUAGGCAUUUAAAACAGGUGCAUGGAAUGUCAAGUUGCAACAAUCGAACAAUUAACAAAGACGUGGAUGAAAUUUACAAGAAAUAUGCACCAUUUCAGUGCGUCGCAUAUUGGUUUGAACUUCUACAAGAUUACGAAAAGAAUUUUGGGCAAUUAAGUGAGUUAGAUGAAUCUGAUUAUCACAGGAUCACAGGCAGUGGGUUCUUACAAGCAAAAACCAAUGCAUCCAAAUCAUAA